AUGCAGACUUCUCAGGAAUGCGCAUCUUUGUUGAUCAAUUUAAACUGGCCGGCUUCAAUGAAAGAGUUGCACAGGAUCAUUGUCCAGAAAGCUCACGAGGCUGACACGAUGAUUAUCCCAGAAAAUGGGCGCGCAGUCGGAUCCAUUCCAGGCUGCCUUAAAAGAUCAGACAUUUGCACGAAGCGCGCAUACGCCAAUCUGGAUCUACAGCUGCUACGAACCAUCAUCCCGAUGAUUCAGCUGUGUGGAUGUAAAAUGCUGCUAGAAAACGGACUCAGGCCCACUAGUGAAGCCUACAAUUUGACGGGAGGCUGUAAGGGAAGCGCUGAGGAGUUUGUGAUUGACAGCAAACGCAAAUGUGGCUCACGGAUAAUUGCGGUGCUUGCGAGACACUUCACUGGCCUACUCAAUGGGACAUUGUUGGACAACCCUAAAAUGUGGCUAAUUAUGUGCCCCGAGAGCGGCCCCCAAGAGAGAAAUAGUCAGUACGACGUCGACUCUCCCACGGUGCGUUCAUUAUCUCAAGGCUCCGUAAUUGCUCCAAGUAUUGGACCCGCACCAGACUACUCAGAAGCUUUUCGCUUGAUAGACUUACAAGAACCUGAGCCCUCCAAUGCUUCUGGAAAUAGACUUUCUGCUUCGCCAUCCGUGAAAACUGCAAACGCCUCUGUCAGCCCAGUUGAACUCUUUCGUAGUACUGAAAUGACUAAUGGAGCACGUCUACCAGCCAGGGCAAUGACUACACCGGACGUUGAUAGCACUCGUUCCCGUCACAGACACCCUGACUUGCUGUACCUCCGUGUUACACCUUUUCGCUUGAUAGACUUACAAGAACCUGAGCCCUCCAAUGCUUCUGUAAAUAGACUUUCUGUCUCGCCGUCCGUGAAAACUGCAAACGCCUCUGUCAGCCCAGUUGAACUCUUUCGUAGUACUGAAAUGACUAAUGGGGCACGUCUACUAGCCAGGGCAAUGACUACACCGGACGUUGACAGCACUCGGUCCCGUCACAGACACCCUGACUUGCUGUAUCGCCGCGUUACACCGCCAAAACACGCCCUUGGACUCAACUAUUCACUGUAG